AUGACGCUUCCAUUAGAACCGUUGGGCACCAAAGAGCCAGCAGCUGUUUCAACCAUCCCAGUGUCCCUGUUCGCGUCCCUCGAACGACUGGCAAGGCUCGUUGACGUCUCAUAUUGCCUCGGCACCACGGGCAUUCACAAGCCGUUCCAGUGUAUCUCUCGAUGCGACGAAUUCCCUAACGUGACCUUGGCCUCCACAUGGAGUACAGGCUUUCUCUUCGGCGACAAUUGUGGAUUCAUCGCCGUCGACCACGGCGCGGACCAGCAGCGUCGAAACGAUGGACCUGUAGAAGAUGACAAGCAGGGCGCCAUUGUUGUUGCGUUCCGUGGGACCUACAGCAUCACCAAUACUAUUGUUGAUCUCAGCACCGUUCCGCAAAAAUACGUACCAUAUCCGUCGCCCGAUCAUGGAGGAGAAGAGCCAGAAAAGCCCAGUCAUGAGUGCACAAAUUGCACCGUGCACAGUGGCUUUCUCGAGUCUUGGAAGAGUGCCCGAGACUCGGUUCUGCCAGAACUCAAGGCACUCAGGGCCAAGUAUCCAUCUCACCCCAUUCAUCUCAUAGGCCAUAGCCUGGGAGGCGCCGUGGCUUGUCUUGCGGCACUUGAACUGAAAGUGUCGCUUGGCUGGGAUGGCGUGAUGGUUACCACGUUUGGAGAGCCUCGUGUCGGCAACGCUGGGUUCGCCCGUUUUGUUGACGACGUGUUCGACCUCGAUGGACUCAUUGACCUCGAAAAGCGAGUCUAUCGACGAGUUACUCACGCCGAUGACCCAGUGCCCCUACUUCCGCCAGGCGAGUUUGGCUACAAGUCGCACGGCGGCGAAAUAUUCAUUUCCAAGUCUGCCCUAUCACCAUCCGAAACAGACGUCCAACUAUGCAUCGGCAACGCAGAUCCUAAUUGCAGCGCCAAGGACGACAGCUCAGUGGAAAAUCUGCUCCAUCGCCUUCUCCAUUUCCGGUGGACGACUGCCUCCUUGGAAGAGUACACGGAGAGGAUGAGCUUCCCGGCAAGGUUCAAACUCUGGCAGCUGUUUUUUGCUCACAGAGAUUAUUUCUGGAGGCUCGGACUAUGUGUUCCCGGUGGCGACCCUACAAACUGGGGUCGGCCUCCGUAUCAGCCCCAUGACGAAUACUUAUAA